UGAUAUGAUGCUUCAGGACAAGACCUACCCUGACUGGGGGAAGUCUGCCAGAGCUUUCUGGAAGAAAGGAAAUGUUAGGAUCAUUUUAUUCUGGACUGUUCUAUUUACAUUGACCUCUGUGGUUGUGCUUGUCAUCACUACUGACUGGAUCAGCUGGGACAAGUUGAAUCGUGGAUUUCUGCCAAGUGAUGAGGUCUCAAGAGCCUUCCUGGCUUCUUUCAUCUUAGUGUUUGACCUUCUUAUUAUCAUGCAGGAUUGGGAGUUUCCACAUUUCAUGGGUGAUGUUGACGUAAAUCUUCCUGGCUUGCCAUAUGCACAUCUGCAGUUCAAACUACCUUACUUCCAAAAUAUCUUCAAGGAAGAAUAUCACAUACAUAUAACAGGUAAAUGGUUUAACUAUGGAAUUAUCUUUCUGGUUUUAAUCCUGGAUCUAAAUAUGUGGAAGAAUCAAAUAUUUUACAAACCUCAUGAAUAUGGUCAAUAUAUUGGUCCUGGACAGAAGAUCUACACAGUGGAGGACUCAGAAAGCUUAAAGGACCUUAACAGAACCAAGUUAUCCUGGGAUUGGAGAUCAAAUAACACAAACCCUCUGACUAACAGGACUUAUGCUGAGGGAGACAUGUUCUUGCAUAGCAGAUAUACAGGAGUUAACCUUGAUGUCAAAUGCCUGGCCUUUAUUCCAUGUUUGCUGGCUUUUGCUUUGUUUGGGUUCUUCAUCUGGUUCUUUGGGCGAUUUCAGAAAACUGAGCAAGGCAUGGAGAAUCUGGACAAAUCAUACACGAGAAUGAAAAGGAAGUCACCAUCAGACAUGGGAAUGACACGAGAAAAUACACAGGUUUUAGUGGAGAAAACUUUAAGUUUUCAAGAUCCACAUUUAGUAUCCAUAAAAUCAGACUUAAGUGAAAUUGUCUUUAAUUCUUCCCUUCUAACUUCUGAAAACUUGAGCUUACAGUUGAAUGAACAAGACAGCCCAUUACAACCAAUGACAGUGGAUUCUGCCCCUAAGAGUGAUCCCAUGACCUAGAGCAAAUGACCCAGAAAAGAAAGAUUAAAAUAACCAAUUAUUGUGAGAGUUCAGUUUUUGUAAGUUAAGGUUUACAUCAUGUUUAGCACAAGAAAUAUAACCUGUACCAUAAAGGUGCUCAACAUGCUUUUUCUAGGAAUUUUGUUUUCUAUUUGUAUUAUAUGUGCCUACUCUAUAGCUAACAUUCCUUUAUAGAGUGCGUCUCAGAAUUGCACAAACUAUUUAUUAAUUCAUUGAUGUUACUGUAUAAUAGUGAAUUAGAUGAAUAUUUGCAGUAUAAAAUUCUAACUGUAGUGGUGCCUUGAAACAUUAAAUUGAUUUUUAACUCAACACCAGAAGAUAUAAAGACCAAUUCUUCUAACCUAUUUUGCAAGGGUUUUUUUGCAUGCAAUGAUUUAGAAUGCCAUUUGAUUUCUUACCAAUAAAUGUAGAGAUUUCUGAAGAAUGGUUCCUCAUAAGAUGUCACACUAAUGGUUGACUUUGUUAUUUACUCAGCUGUAAAGUCAGUGACUUUGAUAACUGGACUGCAGAGAAGCAUUUUGAUUACCUUUUAAUUUUUGCUGGCUGGCUGCCAAAUACAAAUACAGCUUCAUAACAGAGUAACAGUAGAGCAUGGGUCACUACUUGUGAAAAUAGGACUUUCUCUAUCAGUAAUUGCAAUUAGAUGAUAAUGCCAAUUAUGUUUUUCAUAAUUAAAGAUAAACUGCUGCUUCAUUAAAACUCCUGCCCUUCACCUUUCAGAAACAAAGGUUAAAAUGCAUAGUUAGAGCAAUAGUCAACAUAUCCCAUCAUCAACACAAACCUGUGCAAUACCAAAGAACCAGUGUAGUGAUUACAGGAAAGAGCCCAGAGCCCAUAGCCUUCAGUGUUUGUACAACUUUGUGUAACUAUGGUUUGGGAUAUAUUAUACUGGGAAAUGUACAACACAACUGACAGUUUUAACUUCUUCAAAGACUGAAGCAAUAGUGUGGGGGCUGGGGAGUGACUGCAUGGAAUAGAUUAGCAAGUGAUUUGUCCUGAAUCCUUUUUGCCCCUUCCAAGAAUUAAACACUGUCCAUUAAUAAAUAAUAGAACCCAGCAACA